UGGCACUGGCAAUUCGAUAAUCAAGACGUUCUUGCCGCGGUAGCCUCACUCGCAAUGGAUCGACCGCUCCAUGGUCGGAAGAGUAUCGUCCCCGACGCCAACGUUCAGGCAUCCAGAAUGACCAGGAAGAAAUCGGAUCGCCGUUGCUGGUCGGAGUAUGCGGGCACUCUGCCGACGAUCACUACUCUAAUGAUCUACGGGCUCGCCGAAGCUGACAACCAGCAGAUGCGGCAGGGUGCGAAUACGUACGGCCACGGCAGCUUCCAGCGGCGCAUCUUCGGCUACGGCAUCGUGGCCCUGUUGGUGCUGCAAUGUCACAACCACGUCUUCGCGUUCAUCGCCCCUCGCGUGGAUCACUGGUGCAAACCGGUCAAGCCCUUCGCCAACAUGUCGGCGCCGCUCUGGAAGAACAUGGCGAUUCCCGUCGACCAAGACGGCCAUUACAGCAAGUGCUUCGUCUACGUGCACCCUGGCCGCGUCAACGACACCGCGAUCGAGCGCUGCGACUCGUGGGACUACGCAGAAGGGGAGAACGACUGGUCCGUUCGCUCCUUCUGGAACCUCGUGUGUCACAGAACCUGGCUACUGAUCCUGGCGGAAGCGGUGUACAGGAGCGGCGCGCUCUUCCUUCCGGUGGUUGGCUAUGUCGCCGACAUGUCAGGUCGCAAGCCCGUCAUCACGGCAGCCGUGCUGACUCUCGUUUUCAGCACUAUCGCAGGCUGCUUUACGGAGUCGUUCACGAUCUACUUGGUCACCAGGUUCAUCAACUCUGCGUGCGCCAGUACGGUCUACAUGCUAACAGUCAUCGUGCUGUUUGAGGUCAUACCGUUGGAGUUCCGUACCUACUACAUAGGAUUCUGCUGUUCGAUCGGCGCCCUCAUAUCUGAAAUCUUCUUUUUGAUCCUGAAGGCUCUUUAUGGAAACAUCGGUUGGUUCUUCGGGCAGAUCAUCGCCUUGUCGCCAACGGGCCUUCUGCUGACGGCGCACUUCAUCAUUCACGAGUCGCCAAUAUGGCUGAUGUCCACGGGUCGCGUAAAGAUGGCCGAGGCUAUCAUGUUCGAUGCGGCCAGGAUUAACGGCGUGCGUCGAGUCGACGCGGAAAACGUACUGAAAGCCAUCAAGAGCGACAUGAGCAAAAGUGACGCCAGCCUGACGCCGGCUAUGACUCCUUGGUCUAUCGUCAUGCCCGGCGUUAUCCGCGUGAGGGCGAUCAGCGUUUUCUUCUCGAACUUCACCAUCAUGUUCGCCUUCUUCAUUAUAUCGAGGAGUACGCCCUUGCUAGGGGAUCUUACCGCCGUUCACGUAGUGUCCGUCUUAGUCCUGGCUCCCAGCUACCUAGCCAUGUACUUCGCCUUGAAUUCUUGGGGGAGGCUAAAACUUUUGAUGGUGUUGCUGGCUUUCGUCGGCGGAAUGUCGACAAUCUGCGGCAUCGCCAUCUACACCCGCCCCAAGGAGGUCUCCUACGUGCUCGUAAUCGUCGCCAAGGCCUCGGUAAGCGUCCUGAUACCGACCAACACCCUAUACAUGAUAGAGCUCUUCCCCACGGUCCUCCGUAGCGCCGUCUUGUGCGGCGCUUACACUUGCGGAAGAGUGGGAGCCGUUCUAGCAGCCUGCCUGACGCCGCUCAAGUACAACGGCCGAGAGGAUCUGAUCUUCGCGCUGGCUGCCAUGGCGGCCUUCGCGAACGUAGUGAUUGUGAUGCAGAUGCCAGAGACCAGCGUCGGCAUUAAGGCAACCGAAGAAGUGAAGAAGCAGAAGGACGUUUUGGACGUCAUGCAGCGAAGCCUGUCUCCGCUACGGCCGAAACGCCGUCGCUCGCGCGCCAAUAAGACAGGCGCAAGCCCCAACGAGCCGUAGCUGCGCAUUUGCACUCGCUCCA